CGUGUGUGUGCGAGAGAAAGGGAGAGAGAGGGGGACUCUGUGUGAGGGAAAGAAAACAAUUUCUCCUGCUCUGCAGCUUCUGUUCAGGAUCAAUGUGACUCUAGAGACAAAUGGAUGAAUGAAUAUCCAUAUGAAGAGGAAAACGAUAAAGGCUGUGCAGGAGACAAACACUCAACAAGCCCAUGUUGUUACAAGAUAAUCCAUUUGGAUUUGAUAAGGAGCCAUUUGACAUCAUUGUAGACCAGGAAAAGUGGAAAUAUAGAAUAUCAACACCUUUGAGAACAGAAUGUUAAUGCUUGAUGGGAUGCCGUCAGUCAGAGUCAAAACAGAGCUUUUGGAAUCUGAACAAGGGGACAGUCCAUUGGAUUGCACAUGGUUAAAGUCUAUUAAAUCUCCAAACGUCCACAACUACCCCGAUAUGGAAGCUGUUCCCCUGUUGCUAAAUAAUGUGAAAGGGGAGCCCCCAGAGGACUCGUUAUCUGUAGAUCACUUCCAAACACAAACUGAGCCAGUGGACUUGUCAAUCAACAAAGCCAGGACAUCCCCCACAGCCGUUUCAUCCUCCCCGGUUUCCAUGACAGCAUCCGCCUCCUCGCCUUCUUCAACUUCAACCUCUUCAUCGUCUUCUAGUCGUCCAGCCUCCUCCCCAACUGUUAUCACAUCAGUAUCUUCAGCAUCUUCUUCGUCAACAGUAUUAACUCCAGGGCCCCUUGUAGCCUCCGCCUCUGGUGUGGGAGGCCAGCAGUUUUUGCACAUUAUCCAUCCUGUACCGCCUUCAAGUCCCAUGAAUUUACAGUCUAACAAACUGAGUCACGUUCACCGCAUCCCUGUGGUGGUACAGUCGGUGCCUGUUGUCUACACAGCUGUGCGGUCACCUGGAAAUGUGAACAACACUAUCGUAGUGCCGCUUUUGGAAGAUGGGAGAAGCCAUGGCAAAGCACAAAUGGACCCCCGAGGCCUAUCUCCCAGACAAAGUAAAAGUGACAGUGACGAUGAUGACCUGCCAAAUGUGACCUUAGAUAGCGUUAAUGAGACUGGAUCUACGGCCCUUUCCAUAGCCAGAGCAGUACAAGAGGUACAUCCGUCCCCAGUAUCAAGGGUCCGGGGAAAUCGAAUGAAUAAUCAGAAGUUUGCUUGUUCAAUUUCACCAUUUAGCAUUGAGAGCACAAGACGCCAGAGACGGUCUGAAUCCCCAGACUCCAGAAAACGGCGUAUCCACAGAUGUGAUUUUGAGGGAUGCAACAAAGUAUACACGAAAAGUUCUCACCUGAAGGCUCACCGAAGGACACAUACAGGAGAGAAACCCUACAAGUGUACCUGGGAAGGCUGCACCUGGAAGUUCGCUCGCUCGGACGAACUGACAAGGCAUUACCGCAAACACACGGGAGUGAAGCCAUUCAAGUGCGCGGACUGUGAUCGCAGCUUUUCCCGGUCAGAUCAUUUGGCACUGCACCGCCGAAGGCACAUGCUGGUGUGAGGACUGCUACCUGUCCAGCUAAGCAGCAGAGCUGGACCUCUUAGCGGCACCCCCUUCAGCAGGGCUGAACCCCCUCCACAGUGUUAACAUGAAAGGGCAUCACCAUCCCACGAUGUCUGAAACCAGAGCAGGAAAAAGAAGGAACCCUUCUCCUUCUGGUCUGAAGGUAACCCCCAUCACGACUCCACGAGAAACCCGUCUUCGCGCUGGCCUGGGAGAUCCGUGACCCAAACGCUGAAGAGACAGGCAUUGUCUCCCGAGCCGUGUACUCUGCCAUUUCAAGAUGUUUGUAGCUUGGACCAGUUUUCUGAGCUGUCAGACAUUUUGUUAUUGAUCCCUUAAAGGUCAUCUACCACCAACCGAUGGCUAGAGCAGGACCUUUCAAAUUGGGAUUCUUCUCCCGUCACCCCCCCCUUUCCCCCUUUUUACUGAAAUUUUCGUUACUGUCUCAGUAAGAUAGAACACACAUCCAGUCUGUUACCAGUGAGCAGCACGAACGUAGAGAAGGAGCAGCCUGUUGGAGAGUUCCGUUCCCUGAAAAGAAAGGGGCACUCGGGCGGCCCUUGGCCACAGUGUGACAGCAUUCUAGAUAGCACCACCCACCACUUGUCAUUAUGCCAUGCCCUGACGAGAAACCGACAUUGAAUCUUUCAUUUGUUUGUCAUUGAUUGUUUUUGUUUUGUUCUGAUUCUGUUUUGUUCAUCUGUUCGAGCAGAGGGGCAGCGACAUUUCAGGUGGAGUGUAGUCCCGGUGUCUGCCCUGGCGUGGACCGGCACAGAGGUGUUCUGUAGUUGAAUAGGAAGAGCCUGGCUAAAGAAACUGCUGCCCCACUUCAAAUCGCAGUGUUCUGUCCCCUAGGCAUCAUCUCUUCCUGCCCCUACUAUUUGAUUACAAGGAAUCAGGGGGGAAAAAAAAAACAAAACUUGCUUAGACACACUGGCACCAAGGUAAGAGGUGGGGCUGCUCAGGCAAAGUCAGUGAACAUGAAAAAUCAGACAAAGCAGAGAUGGAAUAAUGUGCCUCUUGAGGAGAAAAGCAAUAAUGAAUAAAAGGACUUUCCUACAAUAACUUCACUGAGGACUCACGUUACCAAUUUUCAUACCUACUAAAGGGAUUGUAAAAAACACCCCAGCAUUUUAGAGGUCUUGGUUACAUUGACAGCACUGAGGUAAUCUUUCUGCUGUUUGUUGUCCUGCUUGGUUGAAUACCACAAUUAAAGAUUAUGCUCCCCUUUUCUUGUUUGAAAACAGUUAUUUGGUGACCAGAAAGGCCAAGGAGGCAUAGCAGGGAAUUAACCCCUGGGUUAGUGGGUCAGUUCUCCUUGGAACCGAGUCAGUGGAAAGGGAGUGCUCCCCGAGGAAAGCCUAACAUGGUGCUAAUUUCCUCACUUGGAGAGCCAAGGCUAAGUGACUCUCCAUUAGGUUCUUCUAUACAAAUUUCAUUUUCUAAACUGUAUCAGACCCCAGGGGUUCUGCAUUGGCAUGGACAGGGAUGUUGAACCCACUCAUCCUGUGCUGAGGGUGAGGGGAGAUCACAGUCCCGUCAACCCCCUAAAAUUAUGAGCCUUUCUUGCAACUAGCGAAGUAUACAGUAAACAAAGCAAUACAUCACCAACAAGCAUUCUUUCAGAAAAAUUAUCAUAUUUUUUCCCCACUAAAAGCUGGUUUUUUUUCAGCUUUAUGUGGCUAAGGGGCUUGGUGACAUUUUUUUGUUAUUGUUGUUAUUGUUGUUGUUAAGAUUUUUUAUAGCUUAGAUAUAAGGAGUUACCAGCAUAGACCUUUGCAAUAUAUUUUAAUUACAAACAUUUGAUUUGGGGAAUUGCACAAAUUAACCUCACAAUAUUCCUAGCUCAUUUUUUAAAUGUUUGAACAUUCUGAAAUAAUUUCCGGUGGCAGGACUGUCCUUUUUAGGAUCAUCUCCUCAUUCAGAGAAUCUUAUUCUGACAAGGCAAGGAACGAUAAAACAUUGAAAUAAGGACAGUUUGUGUUGGAUGGUAUUAAGAAGGAAUUGUUUUAAAUGUUCAAGCAACAGCAUAAUGAUGUUCAGGUCAAAUUCUGUCUUCAAAAUUAUGUGCUCUGCAUUUUCUGCCGGGUCUAAAAAACUCAUCAGGCAAUUUCCCUCGAACAAGGGCUUCGAUUCUAUUGAUAAAUAACUUCUUUUGCUACACAGUCUUCUCCCCACCAAGCACUGUUUUUUUUGUGGGUUUUGGUUUUUUUUGUUUUUUUGUUUUUUGUUUUGUUUUUGUUUUGUUUUUUACCAACUGGAAAGUUUUCUAUCUGUACUGUAUACAAUUCCUACUUCUCAUUGCCUGUGACCAUUUUGGGUAGAAAAGGGUUUCUGGCUGCACGCCAGCCUUGGUUCCUGGUCAGUGACAAAGAACACGGAGAAUGGCCAACACGGAGAGUGACCGCCCUCCCUGCUGGUCCUGGAACCCGGUUGGCAGUGAGUAGGUGAAUCACCCAGCUGCAGUGUAGACUUGAUUUCAUUCUGCCUGCCUUCAGAAGAUGGGCCGAUCUCUUCUCUGCACAGAGAUGUCUUGAGAGUGUUACAGGUAGAAAUGGUUUUUAGAAUUCAUAGAACUGACAGGCAGUGGGAGCUUCCUGAGUGACAGCUUGAUUUAAAUUUAGCACAGAACUAAAUAGGCUGCUCCUCUCUGAUCACAUAGGAAAGGUUCAGGGAAGUGAGCUUUUUCUCCUCAUCCUCUGAAAGUGGAAACCAGACUGAGAUGGUAAGUUAGCCGCUAAACAGUGUUAGGCCAUCCCCCCACCCACCCACCCUUUUGACAUGCUCAAUACUUCUAAAGAAGGAUCCAAGCACAAACAGUGAGUGAGUGAGUUGCCGAUCUCACCCCAGGACUGAAACGUACCCAGGGCUCGUCCUGGAACAUAGCAGAUUCUCCCUGGUGAGUUUUCUACUCCUGUUUCCCCACGGAAAGGAAAGCGGUUGGGGAGAGAAGGAAUUGGGUUUUUAGGGAGGAAUAUCUUCAGGCAUGGAGAAGCCUCCGCCAUUUCAUCUGUGUCCAUUCUAGCCUCUUUUGAAAAGCACAGUAGUAAAUGACGAACACCAGAAAAGGCGCAGAAUCCACAGGACUGGUCCAUCCCCUGACUAGAAGCAUUCUUUGCUUUUAACUUUGGAGCUGUUCAGUUCGCAGUUGGACGUGUGUGCGCAUCUGAGAACUUCUCCACAGACAGCGUGAUGGCUUGAGAAGCUACGGUAGGCCUGGCGAUCUUGUGCGUUGUAGAGAUGGCGUUCAAGGGAGUUAGCGUUCUUUGAAAAGUUAUGAGUUACUCUGAGGUUCUGAUAGAUCCCUUCCCCAUAUUCUGACCUUAAGUUGUUCGGAAGCAGAUUCAGUCUUCCCCAUCCACGUCCAGCCCCAUCCUGACAGUUAUGUGUGGACUCCGAGAAGCCUGCUUGAUAACUUGUCUUAAGUUCUAUUAAGACGUUUAGACUGAACUUCCUAAUGGCUUUCCCAUAAAGAAUAUACUACUGCUUGGCAUCACUUCGACAAAACACUAUAGGACAUUCAUUUUCAAAAGCAGUGGAGUAACAGUAACACAAACCACAUUUUUUAAAGAGCACUUUUGAUUCACUUGAAAGUUUCAGUGGAAAACGGGAAGAGGAUUGUGGGGGGGGGAAGAACUGAUGAGAUGCUGCAGCGUUUACAGAUGCCAGUUCUAGGUGAUUAGGAAGGCCAUUCUCCUUGUGCUUGAAAUCUGGAAUAGCUUAUACCAAGGUUGUGUUCCUUUUUAUACAACUCUUUUUAACUUCAAUUUUUGCCAUUUGUGUUUCGAACGUAAAUAUAAUUCUGCACUUUGAGAUCAGUUCAUUCGAACGACAACAUGUAUAUGUGGAUAAAGAUGCAGUAUUCCCUCUUCUGUACUUUAUUUAUUAUACUUACCAAAGCUGCAAUUGAAAAGAUCCGGUGAGGUGAGGCCUUCAGAUAUACUAAUACGCCUUUGUUAAGUUGUUACGACUGCUUAGAAGUGUAGCCAUGAUGUUGUUAGAAAGGAGUCUUCACACUUACAGCGAGGACUGACAGAACUUAAGCAGUGUUAAGGAUACCAGCACCCACGGUACACUGAGUUUUCAUGUGAGGGACUGAACGUGAGAGAACUCUCAUGGAUCAUGGUAGGCCUGGGAAGCCUUCAUACUCGGAGUCCAUAGUCCAGUCUCAGAUGUGGCUCUGUACUCAUGCCUGUAAGUUGAGGAGGUAAAUGUAUGUAUUCUGUAACUUCAUUAACCAAACCUCUUCCUUCACUUUUUCCGAGGGAGUGCAUCUCAUUAAAAACAGCCUUUCAAUUUAAUUUGGUUUUGUCUAGAGAAGGGGUUUGGUAAGUCAUGCCUUCCAUAUGCAUUUCUCCUUACCCAACACUGCCUUCCACUCACCUGCACAGGCACUGCCAGCACGCACCUGCAUACGCAGCAGUCAGUGGGCUAGCAAAUAUCAACAAAGGCCUUUUUUAAAAGAAUGAAUUUGUAAUAAUCCAUGCUGUCUAGAAAUGUAAGUUAUUUACCUUAUUAGGGAAUCAGCUUAUGAUGCUAUAUAUGACUUUGCCUGCAUUUUAUAGUUAAGAAGUGUACAUAAAACGUUUAAAAAUGCUCUAUUUUCACAGUUUCAUUAUAGAGUAAUAUCUGUUUAGCAACCCAUGUCCAUUGGUACUUUAUGCUGAAUACUGUGCAGUUGCAAUAGAAAUUCAGGUUUUCAUAAGAAAAUGAAAUAGGAGGAUACUGCAUCUUUAAAAAAAAAUAGAGUGAAAAUAUUUUGCUGUAUUCGUAAACAUAUGUGAUAGUGGAAAAGUAUUUUCAAACUCGCAAAUUUUACAGAGGUUGUAAAUAGUUUGAUGAAGUAUGUUGGGGGAAAAAAGCUUCUAGUUUUCAUCACAAUAAAAAAAAAAGAAACUUGUUCAGAUAUGCCUUGUAUAUCUUACAAUUAGCAAUAUUGCCAUGGGAACUCUGUUCUCCUCUGGCAGAGCACAUUCUUUGUGCUCUGACAGAAUGGAGAGGCCACUCGUCUCCAUUUAGCCAGGAUGGUUUAAAACACAAUGAAGUCAUUUUAAGUUGCAAACAACUGAUUCCAAAUUCAAAAUGUCUUUGCCUGGGAAGGGGGAAAUAGCUGCAUAGGGUUUUACUUGUGCUAAAGAGAAGCAUCUAGCAAUUGUUCUCUUUUCCCAAUUAUCUUCCUCCUCGAUGAACUAGUUCUUGACGAGAACAAGAAACAAAACAACGGUAAGGUGUUUAUUCUUGUUUAAUUCCAGAGGGAAUGAAGAGUUUUAAGAGUAGCUACAUGUUGACAAGAUUAAGUGCUGUGGUUAUGGCCACAUGUUAAAUGAAUCUAUACUGGCAAUAGGAAUAAGCUAAUGCCCAUUUUCAGAAAUGAAUUAAAAGCUGAAAGUGCCUGUCAAUAGACAUUAUGACCAAUGAGAUAUUCCUAUACUUUUACACAGCAAUAAUUCUUCAUUACUGGGUUUUUCCUCCACGUUUGGGAAACACACACACACACACACACACACACACACACACACAAUAAACAUAUGCACAUAGUAAACUGAAUAUGUUCACAUAGCCACAAAAAAUCUUUUGUGAUUUUUAAAUAUACGCUAAUCUUGUUUAUGUUAGUAUUUCUUAAUUUAACCUUACUUACAGAAUGUAAGAAUGCAAAUCUGAACAUUAGGGUUCUCUUCAACAUACACUCUGGCAUAUGGCAAUUAUAAUUUUAAGAUAAAAACUUCACGGAUUCGUCCCAAACUUGCAAAGCACUGUGCAUGGCUCAAAAAGUUUUGCUCAGUUAACAAAAGCCCAAUUUAUUUACAGCAAAACACUAGAGAGAUUUGUUUGUUCUACUUUGUUUUGUCCACUAAUAGCAAAUGCACAAAUUCAUCUUUACAUUUCUUCAUUUCCUUUUUCCAUAAUAUUUUCUGUUAUCAUACGAGAACCAUUUUGGAAUGAAUAGCCACACACUCAUUUCUCCCCUAAAAAGCCUACUGAAGACUGCUGACACUUAGUAAGCCUAGCUUUAACCAAGGUUUGCAGUUGGUCCUGGAAAUUACCAGAUUUACAUUCAGAACUUCCCUACUUUUUCCUAUAAUUAUUUUACUGUUAGAAGUGGAGUCAUGAAUAGAAAUAUACAAUGAGAUUAUACGAAUAGACAAGAGCCCUGGAAAUUGUCCAGCCUUACCAUCUCAGAGCACAAAUCCACCCAAACAAGCUAUUGAGGGCUAUCAGUCAAAUUAUAUUCUUUCAGAGCCAAACAUUUGGUAAGAGCAAUUUUAGAAAGUAUGACUGUGAUUAAACACUCAGGCUUUAGACAGUGAAGACUACCACAAUGGACAGUGAUCUACGUAUUUCUCCAGAACCAGACCACAGGCCUAGAAAACCAUCUACCGUUUCCUCCUCUAAGUUUCAGAAAGAAUGAAAAGGAGAAGGAAAUGUGCCAGGAUAGGGUGUAAAGGAGCCAAUGAAGUAUCAAAGGAAAGCGGCCAGGUUCUUUAAUCUCACCACAGUCAAGUCUUCUGACUGGGCUGUUUGCUGCAAGGUGUCUAGAAGUGCUAAAUGGGAAGGUCCAAAUUUCAGCAAACCACGAAAACCAAUGGCUAUCCUUUCUUAAAUCCUUACUCUAUGCCAAGCAUUCUAGUAGGCCACUUUGGGACCCAUUGCCUCCCACCCGUAAACAGGUCUACAUUUUAUGGUUGGGAGCCUGAGGCACAGAGAGAGUUGGCUGAGUUGUCGGCAAACGUGGAAACAGUGAACAGCAGAGUGGGAAAGCAAAGAAGCUACGUAUCUCUGGCUCUGAAGCCUGUAUUCUUCCCCCCUGCACCACACUGCAUGUGCCUUCCCAGCUGCCAAGUUGUCGUAUUUCUAACUGAAGUUGCUUUAUGGCUGGGUGGUCCUAUUUUCCAAGUACAAGAUAGCACAUGAUAGGACAGUGGUAGCUAAGGUUUGAAAUCGGUCUUUUCGUGGAAAGUCAUGCAUGAAGGAUCAUUGUAAACAAACAGCAACGACCAGUCUCCCUGAACUUGUCACUUUCCUCCUAAAUGUUUGGCCUGGAGAUCCCAAAUCAUGAACAGUCUCCCCUGCUGGGUAGCAUUUUAGCCAGAGUGGCUUUUCUCCAUUCUACGGAUUUUUUGUAGGCAUAGUAAAAACGUUUCCACCUGUAGACCUUCUAGAAUCUGCUCAAAUUGCAUUGGAAGUUUUCACCUCCCUCGAUCGAGUCGUUACUAACAGACCUACUAGUCUGGCGGCUGAUCUUAGGGUGGCAAUCACAAACAUUCAGAUGCUGAGCAAGGAGAGAGAACGGAGAAUGCCUUUUCCGAUUUCUCACUUGACAGUAGUACCGCCUUGGAAUGUUUUAAGUAGUCUUAUGAAUAAUUUGUUUAUAGUAUUGUUGUUAGUUUAAUUGAAUUUUGUGUAAGAAGCUGUCCAACAUCAGAGGAGUCAACCCCCAUCCCUUUUCUGUGUAGAACAAGGUCCCUGACAGCAUUGAUCCAUGGAAAUACUAAUGGGCUUAGAAAACAUUAAGAGAAUGUCAUUUCUCAUGGUGUUUCUUUUUUCUGAAAAUGAAUCUCCUGAAUUAUGAUCUUUCUCCCUGUUCCUUGGCUGGGGGAAGAGAUAAAACCUGUAUAAACAAAUUCCCUUCCGUGCUGAGAGCAAGUGUUCCGUGUGCACGAGCCGCUGUGGGAAGGGGCUCUCUUCCCCGUUCAUUGGGUUUCACAAGCAACAGUUUCUCAACAACCAAACCACAACUUGAAGUGAGUUGAAAAGAGAUGAAUAGUGGCAAUAGUCACAUCAGGACUUUUUUUUUUUUUCUUUCUGGGUUUCAUCUCUAGAAAUGGUAAAUGUUUCAGACAACAGAGUCUGCCCUUUGUGCAAAGCAAGAACCAACGAUCCUGUGUGAAUACUAUCUUGCUUUUUCCAAAGCAGGCCUACCAAGACUUUCACAGAGAUUCAUUUUUGGUGAGAAAUGAGGGUGAAGAGGAGGGUAGGAUUUGGGUCAAAUUCUAGUCAAAGUGCUCAAGUAAUCAAAAAGUAAGACAUUUUAGGGACACACCAACAUCUUCCCUUUGCUAAUUUCAUGCUCCAAAGAUACAGCAUAAAACAUUAUAGAGAAAUGCUUUUGCCCUACUUGUGUUUCUAAUGUUCCCAUUGCAGGAUUUUGUAAUUAUAUCCAGACUGCAGUAUACAUUUUGUUCCUCGAACUUCAUUACGUUGGAUGGGUAUUGUUGAACUGGGGCACUGGUGCCUAUACUCAAGGCUCUUUCCUAUCAACUUGUCUGUCCUCAAUUUGUUGUGUUUAAAAAUCCAUUAAAAAAAAAAUCACCAUCCCCCCCGCCCCCACGGAAUGGUGGCUGUAUUGUUUCGUCCAUGUCUAUGUGGGACCCAUUGCAUCACAUGGCAAACCAACUCUCUGGAUACAAGAUAACUACUUACAAAACCAGCUUGAAAACAUCGUCUUAUGUACUAUGUCAUCCUGCAUCAUAAUGCAAUUAUGUGUACCAUAACAUGCUCAUUUAAAAAAAAAAAAAGAGAGAAACCAGCAAAUUCGUGUUUGUCCAUUGAAGAAUGUACUCAGAACUUUCUGUGUUGUGAAACGAUGAGAACAGACCACCUUUAAGAUACCCACCUGCCACUUAAAAUGACUUAGUUAUAAUUAGUACUAGUCUAGACGCUGCUCUUGGCGUGUGGGGGUCAGUUCAAAUGUCACGUUCUUCGGAAUAAAUCUCUCACUCGUAUUUGAAAAAAAAAUAUAUGGGAAUAAAGAAAAAUAUCAUCUUUGGCCAAAUCAAGCAGGCAUCUUUUUUUCCUUUUCCUUUUGACACUUCGCUCAUUAUACAUGAUGACUGGAUCACAAGAUCCAUCUGUGGAAAAAUACAAAAACGUCCUUUAGUUUACAAAACAGUUAUCCGAGGCUCGAAAACCUCUGAACAGCAAAUUGAAUAGAUGUGCUGCGUCUGAUUCACUUAACAGAUGUAAUUUCACAAAAGACUCUUGGGUCUCUGACCCCAGAGAGUUAGAAUGCCCACAGGAGGUCCUACGCAUUAAAGGACAAAAACCCCCCCAAUGAUGCUGGCAAGCAAAGGUGUUCAUGUCUUAGAUCUUCAUUUGGUUUUCUGUUCAGAGUUUUAAUUGCAAAUGAAUUUAUUUCUCCAGCUUAUCUAAAGAUCUAAUUUCCCAAUAGUUUCCUCUGCAUUUAUAUACUCUGUAGUGUUUAGGCAACCCCUGUUAUAAGUUUAUUAAUAUUAUGUAAGUGUUGUUCUUGUAUUUAUGUAUAGUGUAUGUAUUGUAAAUAUACUCAGAGCUUUUUUCCUUUUACUGUAAAAUGGUGAUUUUUUUUUUUUUUUGCCCUAUGAUAAUGUAAAGGGAGACCCUCCUAAUGAGAUUCUCUCAGAGGAUGAUUAUUCCAGUCUAUUCUCAGAGAUUUAAAUGAACAAGUGUUAUCGUUUUUAAUGGUGUCUCAGACAUAUUCUGUUGGUGCAUUGCUUUUCUGUAUUCAACUUUCCUAUGAAUUGAGCUGUGAACCGAAAUAGAGUUUAAACCUUUAACUGUAUGCAUUUGUAUAAUUAUCUGAAUGAAGGCAUGAAGGUUAAAUAAAGCAUUUUGUAUGGAACAAAACUCCCUAAUUAUUACUAAGGCUGACUCAGACACUUUGGAAAUCAUAGUUAUUAACCAUUCUAAUUAAACCUUUGUUAUGAAAAGUUUUA